CACACCGGGACUUCUCGCAUUUCCCCUGGUUUUCUUCUGUUACAAAGUGAAUUUACUGAUUGAGAUUGAUUGUUGGAAUUGAUAUUUUCUGGUCUGCACCGUCCUGGCCAUGCCAACGGUUCUCUCUCCUUUGGCGUCUUCGCGCCAGAACUCGCGGACGCAAUCGCCGCGUGUCAGCGACCUGGGUGUGGAGAAGUCUGGGAACUACGAAGAUGAAAAUGGUACCUUCUCGAGUCCGAAGAAGGCGGUUGACGAUUACACCAACGCGAACGAUCAAAUGAGCUACGACGCUACGUAUGAGUCCGGAGCCGACCGAGAGCACAUGGACGAGUCUGCGCACAUCACGUCGAGCUCCCCCUCUAUGUACGAUGCCCCUGAGCGAGUGAGCGACUUUCAGCCUCUUCGGAACCGUCAGCUGUCGGCCGCUACUACUGAACUCUCUGCGACGCCGAGGAAGCGCUCUUAUGAAAUCUUGCCGGGGGAUGUAGGGGUGGAUGAGGAUACGGAUGAUCGCCAUAAGAAGGGAAAGGAUGACUCUGAGAUCAGUGUUUUUGCCGAUGAGGAGUCUAGGGCUGCCAAUGGGCAGGACUUCAACAUGGGUAGGAAGGAUAUCGGGAGCAGUGUCUUGGAAGAGAAGCUUAAUGAAGGGAUGAGCUCCGUGCUCCAGGGGGAUCAUGACGAAGCCUCCGGGGAAAGGGGAAACACCGACCUACAGGAAAGAGACGACGCUCCAGAUACCACAAUGGACGACUCGUAUGACGCUAUGGAAGACACCCAUCUCAGCACCUUUUCCGCCGUUCCAAAUGUUGACAUGACUUGUUUUGCGGACUUGAAGAGAAACUCGCCCAUCAAAGGUGCACGUCCUCUCCCUAAGAGUCCUAGCAAAGUCGACGACUUUAAGUGUUCUACUCCGCCGAGGAAUUCGCCACGAAAAAGCACUCUCCUCGAUUUCAGCUCCCCUGCUGCCUCGCCCACCCCCAGAAAGAGAGAGCCGAGAGAUCUUGAACGGGGAAGUGGGACCCCAAAUCUACUUGACCUCGCAGAUCAGCACGAUUUAUUCCCGCGUAGGCGGUAUAGCGUUCAGAAAGAACGGUAUUCCCCGUCGCGGAGGUCACCAUUGCGGACCGUCCGCGAGUCACUCCGGUCCCCUGCCAAGAUCUCGUUGCUCGACUUUGACAUUCCCGCCGCCCCGACGCCCCGAUCGAUUCCGACGGUGACGCCUCGCGAGUUGGAGUCCCUGAAGUCGGGGUUCAUGUCCGAGAUUUCGUCCCUCAAGGCCACCCUCAGCGGCAAGGAAGCAGAGGUAGCCAGCCUGAAGCAGGCCAUUGCCGAUGCCGAACGACGCGUCGGCGAAGCUUUGGAAGAAGUUCGCAACGAAGCUGCCCGCAAGGAGGCGCUAGAGAUUGACCAGGCUGAGUGGCAGCGACGGGGCCAAGAGAUGGAGGACGUUCUCCGGACCGUCCGGGCAGAGAUCGUCGAGGGCGAACAAGAGAAGGAGAGACUGCUCCAGAGGGUGGAAGAAGCGGAGAAGAGCAGAGACCAGCUCGAGAGCCGAGUGGUUGAGAUUGAGACGCAGCUGACUGCCGCCCGCAGAUCCGCACCCAGCGAUGUGGGCAGCUCUGAACGCAGCCGAACCGCGGAGGAGACUGCCAACGAGGUGCAGGAUGCUGUCGAAAAGGUGGCCCGGGAGCUCCACACGCUGUACAAGAGCAAACACGAGACCAAGGUUGCCGCCUUGAAGAAGAGCUACGAGGCACGCUGGGAGAAGCGGGUGCGCGAUGCGGAGAAGAAGUUCAAGACUGCCACGGAAGAAAAUGAGCGCUUGAAGGUCGAGCGCGAUCACGCGAUGUCCGAGGCUGCGCGACCCGACUCCAGCUUGCUUGUCCACGAGAAGGACGAGCACGAGGCUGACAAGCGAGUGCUCGAGGCGCAGAUCAAGGGACUCCAGCAAGAAAUGGCAGCGCUCAAGGACGACGGGGAGCGGGUGCGCAUGGAGUUGAAGAUGGAGCGGGCGGAGAAGGGCGAACUGGUGGCAGCCGUGGACGAAUGGCUCUUGAUCCAAGCGCAGCAACAGCAACCUCCCGCCCCGAGCGAGACCCAAUCCCCUCCUCCCUCGCGCGAGGUCGAAUCCCCCGAGCCCGCCGAGAGCGAACCUGCCGUGGAGGCGCCUCGACGGAGUGUCAGUGUCAGCCGCGGGGGACCCAGCGGGAUCCGACUCCCCAGCACGGGAGUCACCCCGGGAGGGGAGAAGAGGGUGCCGAACAAGAUCCCCACCCCGGGCAACCGACACGCCCGUGGGAAUAGCGGCGGCAAGUCGGGGAUUGCGGUGUUUACGCCGGGACGGGCGGGCAUUAUGGGGUCGAUCGAGCGCAUGGGACGUGGGGCUUGAGGGAGAGGAUUCGACGAUGAACGUUUUGUGAUGAUUUGAUGUUUUCAUGUUCCCAUGGCGUUUUCUUCUUGACGGUCUACGUUAUAUUUUACUCUUGUUUUUUUCAUAUUGUUUUGUUCAGGAGGACGGUAUACCAAACCGCCAUUCCAUCCAUUAUUCUAUUAAGAUAUCCUGCAACCGUGAUUCA